AUGGCUAUGCCUGGAAUUUUUCAGCGUCGUCUUGACGAACCGACCUUGACGACAGAAGCCAAGUUCUGGCCAGGUGGCAUUCCUUCUUUCAUCAAGUCCCCAACAGAGAACUUUAAUGUCGAGCCCUAUGAUUUCCCUCCGAUCGUGAAGGGCUGGUAUCGCUUUGUUCGGGAAAACUGGGUCUUGAGCGACGAUGAAACGGAUGACUCCAAGGCUCAACAACGUCGAUCCCUGAUUGAAACCUGGGUCACCGCCCAGCAAGAUUUCCGAGAUUCAUAUACAAACAAGGCCCCAGACCCAGAACAACGAUUCUCGCAGAAGGAAAUCUCCAAUUACGGCUGCUACUACCACAGUAAGCUUGUCCCUUGGGACUUGUAUCUUACUGCAGACGCCCCAAGACCAUCAACCAACUGGGCGCUUUGGUUGAAGAUUCAGUUGAUGUUCUAUGAUUACAAUAGGAUGUGGGGUCAUGUCGCAAAAGAAACAUUUACAAUCACGCCAAGGGAGAAUGAUUUUGUUACCCUUGAUAACAUCAAGCGGUACCAGGGUCUGGAGACUGCUGAUUUCGGCAUCGUAGCCUUUAACAAUGUGGGGGAGGCAGUCUAUGAUUCCUAUCAUCCCUCUCCAAUUAUUGUGGAUGAUUAUGCGCUGAAUACCGGCAUGGUACUCCUUAUUCUUUCCUACGUUAAUGGCGUGCCUUAUCAAGGCUACCGCAUUCGUGCCUUGAAUUUCUUCUCUUUGUCGUUGCCUAUAAUAGGGACGGGAAAGCGAUUGAAAACCCUUCUAGAACCAUAUGGACAGGAACAGGACCCGAUGGACGAGAGGAUUUAUUUUGACGAUGAAGCGCUUGACAUGAAAAAACCGCUUCUAGAGAUUCUAUUGACUGAGUCAGAGGAGCAAGAGGUGGACGAUGACGAAGUGGAGGACGCGUUGAUUGAACUAGCUCCGGGCUACGUAGAAGCAGAGGCAGAAGGAGACGGGCUGGCAGAAGGGUUCGAUCUAUUUGGCUCGGGAUUUCAAUCCAUAUUACUGACGUGA